AUGAGCGUCAACCCGGUCAACCCCAAGCCGUUUAUGCAGGAGCUUACCGGCAAGCCGGUCUUCGUCCGUUUGAAGUGGGGAUUAGAGUACAAGGGCUUCCUUGUCAGCACGGACGGUUACAUGAACUUGCAGCUUGCGAACACGGAGGAGUACCAAGAUGGGCAGUCGACAGGAACGUUGGGUGAGGUCUUCAUCAGGUGUAAUAAUGUACUCUACAUCAGGGAAGCACCAGCAGACUCAUAG